AAGUUAAUAUUUUGAUGUCAUUCUUCUUGAAGAAGUCGCCAGCACAGCUCCUUCCGGAUAAAAAUUGUCUGGAAGGUCGAUCGUUCAGGAUACCUAAGGCACCGUCGAAGGAUUCCGUGAACUUUGUUACGGGCAAUCCAAUGUAUGGUCCUUGGCCUGUCGCAAUGGAGCAGGCCUUGUUUGGAAUGGGCUGCUUUUGGUGCUCUGAGGCUCUCUUCGUGGACAUGAAAGGGGUCUUCUCCACACAAGUAGGAUACGCCCAGGGUAAGACGCCUAACCCUACUUACGAGGAGGUAUGCAGCGGGCAGACGAAUCAUUCGGAAGUCGUCCGAAUAAUAUACAACCCGAAGACUAUCACGUAUAAGGACCUGCUUAAGGUCUUCUGGAGCGGUCAUGACCCUACUGUCCCUAUGGCACAAGGCAAUGACUGUGGCUCGCAGUAUAGGAGUGGUAUAUAUUAUUAUAAUGAGGAGCAGAAGGGCGAGGCACUGGAGAGCAAAGAGGAGUACCAAGCAGCUCUUUCCAAAGCCGGUAUGAAGAAGACUAUAGUGACCGAGAUAGAGCCGGCCGGGGAGUUCUAUUAUGCUGAGGACUAUCACCAACAAUACAGUUCAAAGCCAGGCUCGAGGCAGUACUGUGGACUCAGACCGUUAGGUGUGGACUUCCCACGACUAAAUGCUUCCUAAUUCUGGUUGACGAGUCGCUGUUCUAUUUUAUAUCGCUAUUAGUAAACGGCUAGAAGCCUAUUAAUGACCUGAAGGCCACUAGCUCACACAUGGGCUGCUUUUGUUAGCAGUUCCCUC